CGGGAGCUCGAGGAGCGAAAUGACAUUUCCUCUUUAAAUAGCUAGAGCGAGGGUCCCUUCGAGAAAUGGCCGCGUCGGCAGAUUUAAGUAAGUGUUCCCCAACACCGAAUGGGAUUCCAUCUUCAGACACUGCCAGCGAUGCCAUGGACCCCUUCCAUGCGUGCAGUAUUCUUAAGCAACUCAAAACAAUGUACGAUCAAGGACAGUUGACAGACAUUAUAGUGGAAGUGGAUCACGGGAAAACCUUUUCCUGUCAUAGAAACGUUCUUGCUGCAAUCAGCCCUUACUUCAGAUCCAUGUUCACUAGCGGCCUUACAGAAACUACUCAAAAAGAAGUUAGGAUAGUUGGUGUGGAAGCUGAAUCAAUGGAUUUAGUCCUGAACUAUGCCUACACCUCCAGAAUUAUGCUGACAGAGGCGAAUGUUCAAGCCUUGUUCACUGCAGCUAGCAUCUUCCAGAUUCCUUCCAUCCAAGACCAGUGUGCUAAGUAUAUGAUCAGUCACUUGGACCCUCAGAAUUGUAUUGGGGUCUUUAUCUUUGCCGAUCAUUAUGGACAUCAGGAACUUGGAGAUCGAUCAAAAGAAUACAUUCGUAAGAAGUUUCUGUGUGUCACCAAAGAACAAGAGUUUCUUCACUUGACAAAGGACCAGCUGAUAAGCAUACUAGACAGUGAUGACUUAAAUGUAGACCGUGAAGAGCAUGUUUAUGAAAGCAUUAUAAGGUGGUUUGAACAUGAACAAAAAGAGAGAGAGGUACAACUUCCAGAAAUUUUUGCCAAAUGCAUUCGUUUUCCUCUGAUGGAAAAUACCUUUAUAGAGAAAAUCCCACCUCAGUUUGCACAGGCUAUCGCCAAAAGUGGUGUAGAAAAGAGACCAUCCACCACCAAUGGCUGUGCACAGAGGCUCGGGAUGACUGCUUCUGAGAUGAUCAUAUGUUUUGAUGCUGCCCACAAACACUCAGGGAAGAAGCAAACAGUGCCUUGUCUAGAUAUACUCACAGGAAGAGUGUUUAAACUAUGCAAACCACCAAAUGACCUGAGAGAAGUUGGUAUCCUUGUAUCACCAGAUAAUGAUAUUUACAUUGCAGGAGGAUACAGGCCAAGUAGCAGUGAGGUUUCUAUUGACCACAAGGCAGAAAAUGAUUUCUGGAUGUAUGACCAUUCCACCAAUAGAUGGAUAUCCAAACCAUCCUUACUGCGAGCCAGAAUUGGUUGCAAGCUAGUGUACUGCUGUGGCAAAAUGUAUGCAAUUGGCGGUCGUGUUUAUGAAGGUGAUGGAAGAAACUCACUAAAAUCUGUGGAGUGCUAUGACAGCAGAGAGAAUUGUUGGACAACUGUAUGUGCAAUGCCAGUUGCAAUGGAAUUUCAUAAUGCUGUGGAAUACAAAGAUAAGAUCUAUGUUUUACAGGGAGAAUUUUUCCUCUUCUAUGAGCCUCAAAAAGACUACUGGGGUUUUUUAACUCCCAUGACUGUGCCUAGAAUCCAGGGCUUAGCAGCUGUAUACAAGAACUCCAUCUACUACAUAGCUGGAACCUGUGGAAAUCAUCAGCGUGUGUUUACUGUAGAAGCCUAUGAUAUUGAGCUAAAUACAUGGACUCGUAAGAAAGACUUCCCAUGUGAUCAGUCUAUAAAUCCAUACCUUAAGCUGGUACUUUUCCAGAACAAACUCCACCUAUUUGUUCGAGCUACUCAAGUGACCGUUGAAGAGCAUGUCUUUAGAACCAGCAGAAAAAAUUCACUUUAUCAGUAUGAUGACAUUGCUGACGAGUGGCUGAAGGUGUAUGAGACCCCAGAUCGGCUCUGGGACCUCGGCCGGCAUUUCGAAUGUGCUGUCGCUAAACUGUACCCUCAGUGUCUUCAGAAAGUACUUUAAAGAGUAGCAGGCCUUAGUGCUUCACUGGCAUCUGGUACUUAGGAGCCUUGUCUUAAGAAGUGCUGUCAAUGAUUAAGAAAGCAAUGGGUGCUCUUUAAGAUUACAGUGUAGGUAGAUUUACAUUCAUUCUUGUGAGGUUUUCAUUUCAGUAAGGAAAGGUAACAAAGUGCAAUUAUCAGCUUUUUUUUUUUUCCUGGGCAUGAAAAGUUAAUUACAUCAUUUUUGACUUAUGUGGCAAACAGUGAUUUGAGAGACCAUCCAAUUUAAGACAACUAUGCACACUUAGAAGAGCAGUUGGAAUGUCAUUGAUUAGAUACAUCAAAACUAGUUUGACAUGGAUUCUUAUUUUAAAUACGGGUAACAAUCUGAGGCAAUAUCACUAGGACUUGACUUUAGCUGUGAUCUCUCUAACAGAGAAAUACUAACUUAGAUCCUCAUUCUGAAUAUUUAUACAUGUAUUUACAUAUAUAUAUUUUUGUGUACUGUUUUCAAGUGCAUUGCAAUUUAAAUGUGUUCAGUUAUUCGAGUAGAAAACACAUUAGUCUCAAAGUAUUUAGUAUGAUUGUUUCAUAUUUCUCAUGUAGCUUUAAGUUUGAGAGGCAGUUUUCUGUCGAUCACUUUUUCAAGUGCUAACACUGUCUGAUCUUUUAAAAUCCCGAAAAGGGCUUGAAUUCACAGGUGGCUGGUGCUAGUAUAGCUAAUCCAUAUGUAUAGCUAGAUAGAUUUCCAAUGGUCUGAGCCUAUGAUUAUCUUUCAAAUUGAUACAUUAGUUCCUUGGAUAUACUGAUUAAGCUAUUGAACUCUUGUGAUUUCACAAGAUUCUCUACUUAUGUGAUAGUAAGAUAGGGCCAAUUAUUGGUCUAACUGGACUCAGAAUAGAAGAACAUUAAACACAGUUUGCACUAACAUGGCAUGGGCCAUGCCCAGCUUCAUUUUCCAUUGUCUGCCGGUCCCAUCAAAUCGGUACAAUGAAAGGUAACUUAUUUCUCUUCUGCAUAGAGCAUAAUGUGAAGUUUUACACCUACUUUGAAAGGUCUGUUUUUCAGAAACAUAAACCUCCAGCAAUGGUCUAAUUUAAUGUUUUGUGAGUCUCAUAGUUAAAACCUCUUUUUUUUUUUUAAACAAAUUUUCCACCAAAUAGUGAAUAGUUUCUUCUUAAAAUUCUUGUUCUAAAUGGAAAGUGACAGAGAAGGAAAAGAGAAAAGUAACAGAUGAAUUUCUAUGUCAGGAAUAUUAACAUGAAGGACAAACUCAUUUGUGUAUUUUGUAUACACAUCAGAUCACUAACUUUUUGUUUUUUUUUUUAACUAUG